CGAGAAAGGUAAUGUGGUAUUUGACAGACUGAUGGCGAAAGUUCAUAUCAUAAAUGUGGCAGUCUUGGAUAAUCCAUCAGCCUUCUUUAAUCCAUUUCAAUUUGAGAUAACCUUUGAAUGUGUAGAGGAUUUACAGGAGGAUCUAGAGUGGCGUAUAAUUUAUGUGGGUUCUGCGGAAAGCGAAGAGCAUGAUCAGGUUCUUGACACAGUGUAUGUAGGACCUGUACCAGAGGGAAGGCACAUGUUUGUGUUUCAAGCUGAUGCUCCAGAUCCCACAAAAAUCCCAGUGGGUGAUGUUGUUGGAGUCACAGUGUUGCUUCUGACUUGUUCCUACAGAAAUCAAGAAUUUAUUCGUGUUGGUUAUUACAUAAACAAUGAUUAUGUUGACCCUGAACUGCGUGAAUCACCUCCAGCUUUGCCACAAUUUGACAAACUUCAAAGAAAUAUUCUUGCUUCUAAUCCACGAGUGACAAGAUUCAUGAUCAAUUGGGAUGAUGUGCAAAGUAAACCAGAAGAAAGCAAAAAUGGAGUUGAGUCAAUGUCAGAUGAGCCGUGUUCCUCAAAUCAUUUCCAGUCAAACAGUAACGGUUUGGAGCCAAGGCAGUGACAGUGAAAGGCCCUUACAGCUUCAUGUUUGAG